ACUGACCACUUUUGGCCAGACUCCUUUCUGGACCCACUGUGGCUACUCAAUGCUCAUAUGUUGUGAAUCUAAGCUUACAGCAUGUGUUCUACAGACGAGCUGCGUAUGCGUGGCCUUGAUGGCACUACACAAAAAAAUCCACCCUCUUCCUUUCGACUUUUGGAAGCUGCAGCUAGCGGGAAUCGAAUUUCAAGCAUAUGUCUCUUGUCUCUCUCUCUCGUUUGCGUUUGAGUACUAGAUGGCCGGCCAUUAACUCCUGGCCAGAGAACAGCAGCGUCUCUCGUGGUGUGCUCUAUUUCGUUUUAUUUUUUUUUUUCUAUCUCACUACGUCUUCUUGCUCAGCUUUUUGACCUCUCUCGGCUUAUCUGCGAUGUGUGUUGCGCUGAGCACUGUGUGGACAUGUAUGUACCCUUCUUUUGCAAUGGAGUUGACAGAGGAUAAACGGCAGUAUCGUUCUUGGAGGCGGAAGGGGGGUCUCAAAGGAGUUUCAACUAUUUUGAUAUCUUAAUAUCUUUGUUUUCUGUAUUUUAAUGGCGAUUUACAAUUAGGACUUGCGCAGCAGAGUUAGAUAGCCGUCGUUAUCAUUUCGACAAUUAUUCAUUAUUUCUCGCUAAAAAUAUCGGCAUUAUUAAUAUUACUAUUUGAUGUAAAUUGAUAUUUACUGAUAAGUGCAUAUUAUUAGUAUGUUAAUCAGUUAACCCAAUUUGCAUUUAAUAUCAUAAUAUGUGGUUUUAAUCUAAAAAAUUAGAAAGAUAAAAUUGACGAUAUUCAAAAUAUAAUGUAUUAAUGUUUCAGAUUUUAAAAAAUUUAAUAAAACUGCGUUGAGCAUCUAAAAAAACAACGCAAAAAAAGUUACAGAAAAUCGGAAAUCGAAAAAUAAUUCGUAUGGCAACAGUGGAAAUUGGCGCCAAAAGGAUCAGCUGAUUCAAGAUAGAAGUCAGAUCAGAUUUACGUAAACAAAAAAUGUCGACUAAUUUCCCAGUCAAUACUUUUUAUUCUAACAAAAAAUCAAAACGUCUUUUGGAAUUGGAAGUGAAAUUGGAGCAAGGGGUCUCUGAAUCGAAGAAAAGGCCUCUACCACCACUUCUGACAAGCUCUUUGCUAGGACAUCCUACAGACUGGAAAAUCUUUCGCAAACAAGCUGAAGCCCUAAAUUAUGUUAAACAACGUGGGUUAGGUCUGAUGACAUUUGCAUUUGAAGAGCAAAUUCAUGGUAAUGAAGGCAGGAGGAAAUUUGUAGUCACACAUCCUACAAAUAUGUGGAAGAAUCACAUAUGUAGACCACCUGAUAAGCGAUGUAGUUACGAAGUCAUUCCUAUGAAGACCCAUUGCAAGCUGUAUUUUGAUCUCGAAUUCAACAAACUUGCCAAUCCAGCAAGUGAUGGUGACAAAAUGGUUGAAACCCUAAUGACAGCCAGCUUCUGGGCUUUUGAAGAUAUUUACAAGCUUAAAGUUACGAAAGCUGAUGUGUUAGUGCUAGAUGCCAGCACUCCUGCCAAGUUCAGUCAGCACCUGAUAUAUCAAAUUUCUGACGGUGCCUUCCAAGACAACAUCCAUGUCGGUAAUUUUGUUAAGUAUUUGAUGAUGGAAGUGAAAGAGUGUCGAGUUCCAGAAAUCAGCGUGGAGGAUCAACAAAAACUAUUCGUGGAAAAUGGAAAAGAAGAAACUGAACCUGUCAGCUUUUGCGACCAGUCCGUAUACACGAAAAAUCGAAAUUUUCGUCUUUUUCUAGCGUCCAAAUUCGGAAAAAAGGUCCCUUUGAUUAUUGCAAAAACGAACAUGUACCUACCAAACCGCACUUUCUAUAACAACGAAGAUUGGCCAACUGUUGAUGCUGCCUUUUUUAACUCUUCCCUGAUCACUUACUUCGGCUCUUGCCAAAGCGAAAAGCGGCUUUUAACUUUUGACAGUAACAAAUGUAAAGAGGGGACAUCAUCAGACUCCAGUAAACGUAGGACGCCAUCGCCGGAAACUAAAGCUCCCUCUCUAAAUGGAUACAGCGCUUCUCCUUGGAUUGAAAUUGACCGAUUUAUCGCAGGACUUGUCGCUCCCGCUGGCAAUGUUCGUCAAUGGGUGUACUUUGAGAGUACAGAAACUAUUGUUUACCAUAUCCACGGGACCCGUUUCUGCUCUACUAUUGGUCGAGAACAUAAAAGGAACAAUAUCAAGUAUGUUGUGAACAUACCCAAUGCAACGUAUUUCCAGAGUUGUUUCGAUCACGAUUGUGGUGCCACGUCUCGUCCAUUACCGCAGCCAAUCCCUCCAGAACAUUUGCCUUGGACUAAUUUGCUGACAGAUUCCCCUUCGUUCGAUCCUGUUUAAAAACAAAAUGCCAUUUCUUUUGCUUUAAUUAUUACCAAAUGUUUCAAAUAUUUUAAUUUACAGUCUGUCUGUGAUGAUUGACAUGAACGUAUCAGUGGUUAUGUACGUUUACUUUGAGUUGCUGCUUUAUUAUGUUCAAUAAAGCAAUGCGGGAAUUAAUGAAAA